AUGAUUUCAACAAUCGGCACAACAACAAUUCAAGCCGCGAACGGCGGGACUCUGUCCACAACAACAGCACCAAACUCGUUAGUCAUGAAUCCUACGUCAAUGUUAGUAGAGAUGAAAAACUUCAUUCCUUCUUCAUAUACUUUCGAAACAAAAAUCCAGAAGAUAAAGCAAGAACUUUUAACAAGUAAUUUAGACUGUAGUGCGAAAGAUGAAACAAAUGAACAGUAUCUUUAUGAAAUGCAGGACAUUAUUGACCAUUUGCCUAAACUACCUGAAAUCCAACAACAAAAACUCACUAUUCCUGAAUUCGACGAAAUUGAAGUGAAACCAACUGACUCAGUAGAAAUUAAGAAGUUCAUACGAAAGGUAAAUUAUGAAUUCCUUGGUUUUCAUUGCAACCAUAAGGUUAUGGACAAAGAUUGCGACAUGGUAUAUAAAAACAUUUCUGACAUAUAUAAAUCUGAGGAGUUUAAGACUUACGAUAACUUUGUUUCAUUAGUUGCAAAAUGUGUUUGGGAAAUAAGAGAUAAAGAUAGAAGAGGCAAAGUAUGGAACGAACAAAUAAGACCCGCUAUGUUUGAGAUGAAGAGAGCAAUUGACACCUUAGUUGUUUUAGCUG